AUGUCCCAGCACCUGCUCCUUCCAUUUGUGAUCCUUGCCAUCAGCCCCAUCCCAGGAGCUCUCCAGGACUCAGCUCUCAGUCCUACCGAAGAAGAACAUGAAGAUCUAGACUGCGGCCGCCCUGAGCCCUCUACCCGAAUCAUGGGGGGCUCAGAAGCGCAGCCAGGCAGCUGGCCGUGGCAGGUGAGCCUGCAUCAGAGGGGGGGCCACAUCUGCGGGGGCUCCCUCAUCGCCCCUUCCUGGGUGCUCUCCGCUGCUCACUGCUUCGUGACGAACGGGACCUUGGAGCCCGCGACCGAGUGGUCGGUACUGCUGGGCGUGCACUCCCAGGACGGGCCUCUGGACAGCGCGCACGCCCGCGCGGUGGCCGCCAUCCUCGUGCCGGACAACUACAGCAGCGUGGAACUGGGCGCAGACCUGGCUCUCCUGCGCCUGGCCUCGCCCGCCCGGCUGGGCCCCGCCGUGCGGCCGAUCUGCCUGCCGCGGGCCUCGCACCGCUUCGCUCAUGGCACGGCCUGCUGGGCCACUGGCUGGGGGGACAUCCAGGAAGCGGACCCCCUGCCUCUCCCGUGGGCGCUACAAGAAGUGGAGCUCAGGUUGCUGGGAGAGGCCGCCUGUCAGUGUCUCUAUAGCCGGCCUGGCCCGUUCAACCUCACUUUCCAGCUAUUGCCAGGGAUGCUGUGUGCUGGCUACCCGGAGGGCCGCAGAGACACUUGCCAGGGAGACUCUGGGGGCCCCCUGGUCUGUGAGGAAGGCGGCCAAUGGUUCCAGGCAGGAAUCACCAGCUUUGGCUUUGGCUGUGGACGGAGGAACCGCCCUGGAGUCUUCACUGCUGUGGCCCCCUAUGAGGCAUGGAUACGGGAACAGGUGAUGGGCUCAGAACCUGGGCCUGCCUUUCCCACCCAGUCCUGGGAGCCCCAGCCAGGUCCCUGGGAGCCCACUGAUGAGAACUGCACCAUUGCCCUGCCAGAGUGCGGGAAGGCACCAAGGCCAGGGACCUGGCCCUGGGAGGCGCGGGUGAUGGUGCCAGGAUCCAGACCCUGCCAUGGGGCGCUGGUGUCUGAAAGCUGGGUCUUGGCACCUGCCAGCUGCUUUCUGGACCCCAUCAACUCAGACCUCCUGCCCCGAGACCUAGACAACUGGCGCGUGCUACUGCCCUCGCGUCCGCGCGCAGAGCUGGUGGCACGCUUCGUGCCGCACGAGAAUGCCUCAUGGGACGACACCUCGGAUCUGGCGCUGCUGCAGCUGCAAACGCCGGUGAACCUGAGCACCGCCUCGCGGCCAGUGUGCCUACCUCACCCAGAACACUAUUUCCUGCCCAGGAGCCGCUGCCGCCUGGCGCGCUGGGGCCGCGGGGAACCUGAGCCCGGACCCAGCACACUGCUUGAGGCAGAGCUGUUGGGCGGCUGGUGGUGUCACUGCCUGUAUGGCCGCCAGGGGGAGUCAGUGCCGCCGCCAGGAGACCCUCCACACGCGCUCUGCCCCGCCUACCAGGAAGAGGAGGAGGCGGGCCGCUGCUGGAACUACUCUCAUUGGAGCCUUCUGUGCCAGGAAGAGGGGACCUGGUUCCUGGCUGGAAUCAGCGACUUCUCCAGUGGCUGCCUACGUCCCAGAGCCUUCUACCCCCUGCAGACCCAUGGCCCAUGGAUCAGCCAUGUGACUCGGGGAGCCUACCUGGAAGACCAGCUGACUUGGGACUGGGGCCCUGAGGGGGAGGAGACUGAGACACAGGCUUGUCCCCCUCACACAGAACAUGGUGCCUGUGGCCUGCGGCCAGAGCCAGCUGUGAUGGGUAUCCUGUGGCCCUGGCUGGCAGAAGUGCAUGUGGCUGGAAAUCAAGUCUGCACUGGGAUCCUCGUGGCCCCAGGCUGGGUCGUGGCAGCCACUCACUGUGUCCUCAGGCCGGGCUUUACAACAGUGCCUUAUAUUGAAGUGUACCUGGGCCGGGCAGGGGCUAGCCCCCUCCCACAGGGCCACCAGGUAUCCCGGUUGGUCAUCAGCAUCCGUCUGCCCCGACACCUGGGACUUAGGCCCCCCCUUGCCCUCCUGGAGCUGAGCUCCCGGGUGGAACCUUCGCCAUCAGCCUUGCCCAUCUGCCUUCACCCAGGGGGUAUCCCCCUGGGGGCCAGCUGUUGGGUGCUGGGCUGGAAGGACCCCCGAGACCGAGUUCCUGUGGCUGCAGCUGUCUCCAUCUUGACGCCACGACUCUGUCACUGUCUCUAUCAAGGCAUUCUGCCUCCUGGGACUCUCUGUGUUCUGUAUUCAGAGGGUCAAGAGGAUAGGUGUGAGGUGACCUCAGCACCUCCGCUCCUGUGCCAGACCGAGGGAGGCUCCUGGGUCCUCAUGGGCAUGGCUGUUCGAGGGAGCCGGGAGCUAUUUGCUGCCAUUGGCCCUGAAGAAGCCUGGAUCGCCCAGACAGUAGGGGAGGCCCAUUUCCUGCCUCCCAAUGGCUACCCCCACUGGCCCCCUGAAGGCAGCGACCUCUGCCCCCCUGACCUGGCCAGGGCCUCAGGCUCCCCUCAGGCUGCUCUGCUCCUGCUGCUACUAUUGCUCCCCCUGAUCCAGGGCUGAGGGGGCCUGGGUCCCUUGGCCGCCUCUCCUUCUCCUCCUCCACCCCCUCCAGCCCUCCACUUCCCGCCCUGUAGGGCUGGAAUGUGGCCUAACCGGCUUUGUUCCCUAGCCGGAACCUCCAGAGGGCCCCACCCACCCAGACUGCAGCGGCUUCAGAUUAUUGGGCCUCUGUGCCUGGCUAUUUUGGGCACGGGAAUCCUUGGGGGCAGUGGGAAGCGGCCAAUAAAGGUGUAAACACAGACACGUGGCCUUGUGGCAUUGCUGGGGGAAGGCUGAGGGGCUGGGGGAAGCCCAAGGGAUAGGGCCCAUCCCUUCUGGGUCUCUGUGAGUCAGGCCUUGGGCUCCCAGGAAAUGUGUCCCU